AUGAAAAAUGCUGUACUACAGAUCCAGCAGCAACAGGAACAGAGGCGCGUGGAGAGGGAGGAUGAGGAGCGCUACGAGGCCCAGCUGGAGGCAGACAUGAAGAAGCACCAGCCGUGGGGUCGAGGUGGAGGAGGAGCCCCGCUCAGAGACAGCACUGGAAACCUGAUCGCUGACCUCCACCAGAUGCACAAACUGAAUGUGGAGGCCUACAUCAACCCAGAGCAGUGGCAGAGGAGAGCCACGGCCCGCCGAGCGGAGCUCCCCGACCCCAGCGAGAGGGUCUCCGGUACUGUAGCAGAGUGCAGCAGCCACGACACUAGUGACAGGCUCUCUGGUUUCAGCCAUGCCCAAACCCCCCAGUUUGCCAGAGGCUGUGUGUUUUCCAACCAGCCCACCCAGCACCAGCUCCAUGAGCAGGACAAGUACAAAGCCUCCCUCCAACAGCAGAUUGAUGAGAAAAUGCUGAAAAAGGCGGAGGAGAGGGAACGGAGCAGACUGGAGGAGGAAAAAGAGGAGAAGAGGCUGGCGGAGCAGAGGGCUCGCAUCCAGAGGGAGUUUGAUGAUGAGCGAGAGAGGAAGAAACGGAAGGAAAUGGAGCAAAAGGUCAAGAACGAGGAGCUGAUUCAACUGGCCGAGCGGAGGAAGGAGGAACUGGAGAGGGAGAAGAAUGAAGCGGAGGAGGAGGAGGAGAGGGCAGCACUGAGGAGGCAGUAUGAGAGGGAGAGGCAGGCUCGGGUGGAGGAGGUGUGCAGGGAGCCCUCACCACCGAUCCCCACCCUGCAGAAGAGACCUGGGCUACACCAGUACACCCCCAGACCGCCCACUGUUGACAGCCAGCAUUCAACUGCCCUCCUGUCUGAGCGCUCUUUGUCUGGUCUCCAGUCCCCUCCUGUCCCGGCUCGUAGGAACCAGCUCCGAGCUGCAGGUGACCAGCGCGACGUGUUCAGCGAGCUGUCGGCGCUGCGUCGGCAUCUUCGCAGCGAAGAGAGGAGGCUGGAGGGUCGUCUGCAGCAGGUCGACUGGGGCGAGUUCGACUCUCCUCUGAGUGACAGACAUGGGGAGCGUCGCCAGGUGGACGUGUUCGACAUGGCCAGGCUGCGGCUCCAGGCUCCGGUCCGACGGCCCAACUCCAGAAACACGGAACCCAGUAACCUGCUGCGAAUCCACGACUCCCUUCAGCUCAAAUACUCCGACUGCGAGUCCAGGCUGGGCUUCAGGGAGGGUCCUAAGACGGAGGAAGUGGGUGUGGCCGGCAGGAGGAGGCGGGACUACAGCAGCCGGGGGUCUACAGUCCAGGACGAUUAUUGUGACCUGUCCCCACCACGGCUGAAUUGUUAUCUGAGGAGUGUGAUGGGGAGGUCUGCCAGAGGUUCCCUGCUGGACUCAGAGAGUGCUUUCAUUGACCCCCUAGGCGAGGCCUUCCCAGUGCGGUGCACCCCGGAGCUUGAUAAAGCCCCCACGCUGUCAGCCAGGGACAGGAGGAGGCUGUCCAAACGGCCACAGCACCCUCAGGAUCGAGCACCUUCCAGCCGGCCCUUUGGCCAGCAGGACGACUACUCCGCCCUCACGGGUGACAGACGGGAUGCGGAGCCCGGUGGAGAGAGGCGGAGCCGGGACGGGUCAGGACGCCUGAUGUCCCUCAGUCGCCGUAGCAACGCAGCCGGACCAGUGGAUCUGUCCGACGACGGCUCCUCCCCUCCCCGCUAUUCUCUUCACAGUCUCAACCACCGAGGCUCCGUGGAAACGCUCUCCACAGAUCGCUGGAUGCGGCCGGGAACGACGGACACACUGAUAUGUUUGGACCGGCCGUCGAGGAGGGAACGGCUGACCACGUAGCCCCCCCCCCUCCCGUCUGUCGACAGCUCGACUUAACAUUAUUUUGAAAAGAGAUCAUGGCUGGUUUUACCUCCUGAAUGAAAAGUGAUACUUGAGUGUGUACGUUAAAUCGUUGUUUACGACAGAGAUCCUCGAUAUCUGAGUGAGAACUUUGUAUUCUAUUUUAUUAACUAAAUUAUGUCAUAUAAUAAAUAAUAUUUUAAUUAUAUGAAGUGCGUUUUGAUUCAAAUUUACAAAACUUUAAUCAGAUCAAAGACAUUACUUUUUUGAUAUUUUCAGAUCUUAGAAAGUAAGCCAGACUUCUUGCAGGUGGAGUUUUAUUUUAACAUCGGAUCUAAAGAUUUGCAAAAUCUAUUCAUGGAUUUAAGAACCCUACGUUUGCAUCGAGAUGAGUGAAUAUAUUGUAUCUAUAUAGUCUGUCCGAUCAAUAUGAAGCUACAGCCAGCAGGUUAGUUUAGCAUUAACACUGGAAACUGCAGUAUUUUACCCACCAGAUCAGGGAGCUUUUAUAUGAAGGGCCAUCACUGCGCUGCAUCACCCUUAAGGUUAAAAUCAAGUUUAAUUAUGAUGCAACAACAAUUUAAAUCUCCCUCGGAUCUGUACAUUUAUCCCAUUAUUAUAGGCAACGUGCAUAGUAACAUUUAUAAAACAAAAUUAAAAAUGCUGCUGUAGUCAGGACGUUGUAAUGAUAUGAGAGCACUUUAUAAGAAGGCUAUCACAUGAAAACAUCCACAUCUUGAGUUAACCUAUAACCUAUAAGUUAAUCAAUAACCUAGCAACCUUCCACUAAUCUUUAUCAACAAAAAAGAAAAGUACCAAAUAAUGCAACUACCAAUAAUGGCUGUGAAAUAGUUCCUUUAGCAUGUGGAAGAGAGGGCACUUACUGCUCGGUUGCCAUUGGUUAAGCUGCCUUUGGUUGCCUACCCCCGCACUAUAGAUUAUUUCACAUUAUUUUAAAUCCAGAAAUAAAAACGUGACCCUUCUUCACUUGAGUAAUAUUCAGUAUGUCCCAAUGCAUACUAUGUCCAAUGCAGUAGAGCAGAGAUAGCAGGAUGUCCCACUGCAUCGUAUUUUAGCCAGCAUGCUUUUCUGACUCAUCUAACUGUUCUGAUGGACAGUAUGUCCCAAUUGAAUGCAUACUGCAUGCAACGUUAUGUACUUUGUAAAGUCAGCUGCAGUAUGUGAUAAAAGUAAGAAAGCAAAAAUUUGUGCAAUUUGGAAAGCUGUAGUUUCCAAAAGAAGAUGCUGAACCUCGGCAUGUUCCGUGUGUCAUGUGGAGAUGUUAGCAUUAACGCUCAAAGCGUGUCUAAAGUACUCUCCUCAGAGCCAAUGGUGUGGCAGCAGACUCCGUCUUGUUUUACAGGGUUUUGGGGCUUCCUGCUGUAUAACAGCAAUGGUUCUCAUAUCCCAGUGAAAUCUUCGGCUGUCACUCUCCAAGCAGUCGUUCCAUUAUUCACCGUUUACCAUCACAUUUCUAAUAGAUUCUCCCACUAGAACGUAAACGCAGCAGAACAAGUAAAGCCAGGGGAAUGUGUGAAGAGCACCCAACGGAGAGAAUUUCUGAUGAUCCGUCCACAGA